AUGCACUUUGCAGCUUUCGAGAUCGGAUGGGGCCCGCCUGCCACAACCCUGCUGUCAAUCUGUGUGUCAGAAUUUCCUGGUGAGUGUGCUUUGUUCAAUGGGUCCCUUCCUCUUUCAUCCAGGAGUAUUCCAUCGAUACUUAACCAAGAUGAAAAGAUCUCUACGAAACUCCCAGCACCAGGGGAAGCAAGUUUCUGGUGCCCUUGACAUGGGCUUUCAUUAGCAAAAUGUUAGAACGGACUGUCCCACUUAAACUGCAGGGCUCUGGAAGAUAGGGAUGGGAGAAUCUGUCGUUUUCAGUUUCUCCAAGGUUCUCAUUUUUCCAGCCAAAGUCAGUUCUCCAUAAUCCUUUGUGAUUUAUUUUUUUUUAAACACCCUCAUAAACCUCUUAGUGUGAAUUCCUACUAAUAUACACGUUUUUGUCUGCAGUUUUGCCUUUUGCAAAUCAGUCCAUGAAGCAUGUUUUGUAUGUUGCUUUCCCUAAUGUGUAUCACUAGUACAGUAGUACCUCGGGUUACAGACGCUGCAGGUUACAGACGCUUCAGGUUACAGACUCCGCUAACCCAGAAAUAGUACCUCGGAUUAAGAACUUUGCUUCAGGAUGAGAACAGAAAUCGUGCUCCGGUGGUGCAACAGCAGUGGGAGACCCCAUUAGCUAAAGUGGUACCUCUGGUUAAGAACGGACCUCCAGAAGGAAUUAAGUUCUUAACCCGAGGUACAACUGUAUGUUACUUUCACAAGCCAUUGUGGCGCAAUGGUGAGAAUGCUGGACUAGGACCUGGGAGCUCAGGGUUCGAAUCCCCACUCAGCCAUGAAGCCCACUGGGAGUGACCUUGGGCCAGUCACUAUCUCUUAGCCUAACCUACCUCACAGGGUUGUUGUGAAGAUAAAAUGGGGAAGAGAAGAACCAUGUGACCACCUUCAGCUCCUUGGAAGAUAAGAGUGGUAUAUAAAUGUCAAUAAUAAUAAUAAUAAUAAUAAUUUAUAGGCACACUUUAGUACAGUGGUACCUCAGGUUACAUACGCUUCAGGUUACAGACGCUUCAGGUUACAGACGCUUCAGGUUACAGACUCCGCUAACCCAGAAAUAGUACCUUGGGUUAAGAACUUUGCUUCAGGAUGAGAACAGAAAUUGUGCUCCAGCAGUGCGGAAGCAGGAGGCCCCAUUAGCUAAAGUGGUGCUUCAGGUUAAGAACAGUUUCAGGUUAAGAACGGACCUCUGGAACGAAUUAAGUACUUAACCUGAGAUACCACUGUAUAUGCUCUUCUGUGCACAUUAGUUGGGGGGACAAUUGCAUUGCAAAAUUCAAAAGUGUGCAAAUUUCAAAGGCUGGCUGUGUUUCGGUUCACAUGCUUUUCCAGAAAAUGUGAACUAGGUAUGUUCACCUUUAAAUACAAACUGGAUUGAUUUCUCCCCCGUCUCUACUGGAGGGUUUCUGAAUGUUCCCUUAUGUAAACAAUGGGGUGCUGGUGGAAACCACUCAAUUCCUGUACAAGUAUCAAAUUAGCACAGGACAGAUUGAGCAGGAUUCAAGCCUUUCUCCCUGAUAUCCCAGGCUACGGUUCUUUCCCACACCCCUCUUUGGUGGAAAGUAUUUGUUUAGUCGUGUCCGACUCUUCGUGACCCCAUGGACUAGAGCACGCCAGGCACUCCUGUCUUCCACUGCCUCCGGCAGUUUAGUCAAACUCAUGCUGGUAGCUUCAAGAACACUGUCCAACCAUCUUGUCCUCUGUCACCCCUUCUCCUUGUGUCUUCCAUCUUUCCCAGCAUCAGGGUCUUUUCCAGGGAGUCUUCUCUUCUCAUGAGGUGGCCAAAAUAUUGGAGCCUCAGUUUCAGGAUCUGCCCUUCCAGUGAGCACUCAGGCCUGAUUUCCUUCAGAAUGGAGAGGUUUGAUUUUCUUCUAGCAGUCCAUGGGACUCUCAAGUCUCCUCCAGCACCAGAAUUCAAAAGCAUCAAUUCUUCAGCGAUCAGUCUUCUUUAUGGUCCAGCUCUCACUUCCAUACAUCACUACUGGGAAAACCAUAGCUUUAACUAUACGGACCUUUGUUGGCAAGGUGAUGUCUCUGCUUUUUAAGAUGCUGUCUAGGUUUGUCAUUGCUUUCCUCCCAAGAAGCAGGCGUCUUUUAAUUUCGCGGCUGCUGUCAGCAUCUGCAGUGAUCAUGGAGCCCAAGAAAGUAAAAUCUCUCACUGCCUCAAUUUCUUCCCCUUCUAUUUGCCAGGAGGUGAUGGGCGCAGUGUCCUUGAUCUUCGUUUUUUUGAUGUUGAGCUUCAGACCAUAUUUUGCGCUCUCCUCUCCCACCCUCAUUAAAAGGUUCUUUAAUUCCUCCUUACUUUCUGCCAUCAAGGUUGUGUCAUCCAUGGUACAGGCCCCUCAAGUUUCUACCACCUCAUUAUGCUACAUGCACAGACCAGGUCUAAGCUAGGGGUAUUUAAAACCACUGGUCUGAAUUCUCCUGGGGAAUCCCAUUCCUUUACCAACUCUGUGGGAGAGGGUAGCUCAGAAGAGGUCACCAGCAAUCAUAUUGAGAGACUGGGAAGUGGUCUCUCUACUCUACCAUGGAGAUGUUGAAGAGUUGGUUGGCAACCCUGCCCACAAGCUCAGUGCUGAAAACCCCCAUUUUCAUUCAAACCUUGGCCAAGCAUGGAAAACAGAUAUAUAGGAUGGAUGAGUGUGCUGUGUAAAUUCACUGCAGUUAUUAUUAUCCGCACAAUAUUUUAAACAUACUGACAGAUGGAACAUCACUGAACGUAAAGGUUAAUGUUGCUAAAGUUAUAACCACCAGUGGAAUCUCUUUUAAACAAAUUAGGUAUUGGUGCAGAAUUCAGACACUGAGGAAACAGAAAAGCAUACAAAACAAAGCAAAACUUUGCCUGGGCACUGAUGGUAGUCAGUGCCCAGGCAAGCUGCAGAGACCUUUAGUUGCUUUCGUAAAAGAAUUCAAAUCAAACAAUUCAGUAAGAAUUAGCUCUCCCCAGACAGACUCUCUGACCUACAAAUUCAAAAUGGACACCUGGGAUCAGAGAAAUUCUAGACUAGUCAAAAGCAAAUUACAAAACAGAUCAAAGCCCAAAGUCAUGAGACAAACUUGAAAGAAAGAAAAAGAUUAAAUAAGGGAGGGGUGACAUAAUUUUUAGCUAACUCCAGACCUCAGUUCUCAGGGAGCCCCAGCGUUACUUGAUCGUCUAAGAUGUAAAGUAAUUUCUUGAACAAUGAAGAGCCUUGUGGUACCUUAAAGACUAAUGAAUUUAUUGUGGCAUAAGCUAUUGUCUGGCGCAUCUGAAGGGGUCUCUGGUCCAUGAAAGCUUAUGGCACCAUAAUAAUUUUUUAGUCUUUAAGGUAGCACAAGACUCUCUUUUCUUUCUGUUAUAACAGACUAACAUGGCUACGCCUCUGGAAGUAAUUUCCUGCAGGAACUUCAUAGGUAAUAGGAUUACAUCUCUAACAAAGAAAUAAGCAGGAACACUCUGGGUGGCAGGUUUAGCUACCAAGACUUACACAAAGGAAGGGCUCUGAAUUUGAUGGGCCAUUGAUUUGGGCAAAGGAGUCAUUGUAAUAACCAGGAAGAACCAUUUACACUUGGCAAAAAUCAUAAAAGGAUGUUAAUUAAAUUCUAACCUACAUUUUUUUCUAUAGAAAGCGCUCCCCUCCCCCUGUUCUGAACCAGAUACAUCAGAUCGCAGCAGCUGUGAUGCUCAUGGUAUAUUAGACAAUAAUAUACUACAACUGUAGAAUAAUAUUCUGUAGACAAUAAUAUUCCACAGAGUACAACUAGAAUUCCUUCAUAACAUGAAAUAUUUUUAUGACGUGGAGCUUAAUCUCCUCUUUCGAUAGCGCCAUCCUAUGCAUGUCUUCUCAGAAGCAGGCUAUAUUGAAUUAAGUGGUAUUUACUCCAACCUAAGUGUGCACAGGAUCAAUUGCAGGCUUAUAAUGGCAAAUUGGGGGUAGUUCAGCCAUUCAUCAUGUCAGGGAACAAAAAUUAAUGUAACAUUUUAGGGAUUUAGUGCAACUAAGAAUAGCAGUGGAUAUCUAAACAUGUUUUAGUUUAGAUUAAAUGUGAAGUUUAAAAACAGGUGGAUAAUUUCAAAUAGUCAUUGAAGAUGGACCCAAAACGGUCCAUAGUAAUUUCAAUUGCCAGAGUAGGUAUGGAAAAAGGUUCUUUUUUAAAAGCAAACUUACUGUUACUCUUUGUUGCCUCGAUGGGUUGUUGCUUUCUCCUUUGGAAAAAGCACAUUCUUUUGAAACUGAAGGGAGAACUGACUUUACUCAGUCAUGUGAUUCUGUCUUAAAAUAGCAACAAACUCCAUCCAUAAUGCAAUUUUCUCCUUAUUGUGUGCAAAUGCCCUGAAACACAAAUAUUCUAUAUAUAAACGAUGAACAAGCUAUAACCAUAUUAAUCACAGUGUCUGGAAAAGAAUCAUGUGAACAGGGCCUAAAAGUUAGGAGCGGGGCUUUUGUUCAGCCGGAACUCAGCGGAACACGGUUCCGGCACCUCUCAGGUGUGUGCCAUUGCCAUUCUAAGAGAAAAAGGGAGGUGUUCAUGGUGGGUUUGGUUUUUCUAGAAAAAUAGCACUGGUAGGCUGCUUUGCUCUUCCCAGCUCAUUCUGCUUCUGUUCUGUACUGAACCAAGACAUGGUUUUGCUUAAGAGUGUCAUCUGAAUGUUGGGCUCAUGGUUUAGCUCUCUCGGCAGCACAAAUCACAAGCUGUAACCAAGGCUUGUCCUAUGGCUUACACUGGCAGGGUUCGGCAAAGUUUUUGUGGCUUGGGCCGGUUCACGGUCCUGCAGACGCCACGGUGGGCCAGAGUGGGCAUGCAUACACACACACACACACACACACACAAUUUCUGGAGCUUCCUGCAGCCAAUGGGAAGCUGGCUAGCAUCAUUGAAGGCGGUUCCCGCUCUGCUCCGUGCCGGUUUAGUGCGGCACACGGGAGCCGUCCAAGUGGGCGGUGGGGGUCCAUGGGCUGGUUAAACGACCCCCAUGGGCCGCUUGUGGCCCAUGGGCCUUAGGUUGCUGACCCGGUUUACAAUCUGGGAGUUGUCUAGGAGAGCUAAGCACGAGUCUGGGUUUGAAUGACACACUAAGCCAAACCAUAGCUUAGCUCAAUACUGCGCAGCAGCAAAAUGAUCUGGGGAGGAGCAAAGGAACCUCAAUUGCCUCUUUGGGAGAUAUGGGUUGGCACAGAUCGACAUGCAAACUGGGCCAGAGUUUGUGCAGAGACAAACAAAUGCCUUCCAUCAGAUCUUAGGAUACAGGAAGGGUGAUGGGAGAAGCAGAUAUGGGAAAUGUGGCUACCCAGGUUUAAAUUCCAGCUCUGUUAUGGACCGAUGAUGCUGGGAACUGUCUCCCUGUAAGGUGGUUCUGUUGUUUUUGCAAACUAAGGAUGAGUCAGACAUGGUAGUUUUAGUUUCAGUAACUGUUUCGAGAAAAACUUGCAAGUGAGAUGUGGCUCUCACUUGUGGGCAGAUCCAUGUCCUAGAACGGCUUGUGGAUCAACAUUUUAGCAGUCUAUAGUUUGAUAUUCAGUGGAAGACAAGAGUGCCUGGAGUGCUCUGGUCCAUGGGGUCAUGAAGAGUUGGACACGACUAAACAGCAACAACAAAGCUUGAUAUUAUUAACGCAGAAGCACAAGUGAAGGACAGGUUUCCUGUAUGGUAGUAGAUGACAAUACUCUUUUCUUGAUUCAUUUCAAGUGUGUAUGUGUAUCAUAAUUGGACCAGGUAACAUAAGACUACUUAAUAUGUGAGACUCCUCCCCUUGCUCCCUUAUAGUGCAAAGGGAAGACCUUUAUGGUGUGGCAUCUCUGAAGUUCCUCCUGCCAAAGACCUUAAGAAGCAUGACUCACGCCAGUCACCUUCAACCUUUUCAGACCCUGGACCUGACGUAUAGCACAAAUAUUGAGACCCUUUUCUUAUUUUUUUUUACCAUACAUUUGAUGGCGAUAGGGCUGCUUUUGCACUCCAAGUUAGAGGACAACACUGUCCAGUUCACUUCCUUCUUCUUUUGA